GACCGCGUUGAACGGAAUAGUUCUCCGUUUGCACGCUGCGGUGUAACAACCAUUAAACGAAUAAAGCUGCGGUCAGCUAGGUUAACUACCGACUAAUGUCGCUGAUGUUCUAUAGAACCGGCAAAACGAACCGUCUUAUAGCGUAAUGUCCCUAUAACAGUAAUAGUUUUCAUGUGCCGCGAGUAUUCGUCGCCGCACUGCAGUGCCCAUCCGGCGGUGGUCGAUUGAAAUUCGUACACGCGAUAUGACCGUGCGGCUACAGCUGCAGCUUUCGCGUCGUCGUCCCGGACAGAAACCGUCGACGAGAUCAUCAACGACGUUCGCGUCUGCGGCAACACGCGAACCGUAUUGUCGUUCCUAUAAUAUUAUCGUAUUAUAAUAUCACAAAUAUCGGGUUUCGUGUGUCCUUGUCAGUUGCCCGCAAAGGAUAGCGUCCAUGUCAGGCGAGCCAUGAGGCUUAUCAUUUCAUGUCAUGGUGGUAGUGAGAGUACAAAAAGCCCGAGUAUUUCGCUAUACGCCGACCGCAAAGAUCUGGGCAUGGACAAUCAAGGUGCUUCCGUUCGUUUUAGUGUUGCUCGUCGUUUUCGCCAUGUGCUUCUUAGCUGUAACUCGCGCUCCAGCUUUACAAAAACGAAAUUCUUUGAAGGUCAACAGCUUACAAGUGGCAAAAUUAAAACCAGAUCCAGCUAGCAGUGCACAGAAUAAAGAUUUCCAGUUAGAACGUUUGUUGAAGUCUAAACCGCCAAGCCUUCAUUUGUUCGUCACUCAGUUAAAGAAUGAAGCUAACGGAUACUGUUUGGGAAAAUUAGCCGAAUUGCACAGAAAUGCGGAGAAGUCGAAUGUAAUUUCAGAAAGAUUAGAGCCAUGUCGACCAAAACCAUGGUGUCCAAAAAUACCACCAGUGUUAUACGGUGCUGAGAAAUUGGAUAGCGUCGCCGUUAAUAUGACCGAAGAGGAAAUCGUGGACGCAGUUGGAUCAAUGGGCGUGGGCGGUUCUUGGGCACCGGAUGAUUGUAAAGCUAGACACUCAGUGUGCAUCAUCAUACCCUAUAGGGACAGAAAAGAUCAUUUAUGGACAUUGUUGUACAGGCUCAUACCGGUGUUGAAAAGACAACAGUUGGAUUUCAAAAUAUUUGUCGUCGAACAGGUUAGUAAUGUAACGUUCAACAAAGGAGCAAUUAUGAAUGCAGCUUUUUUGACGAUUUAUCGUACGUACGGCCUACGCGGUGAGGGUGAUUGGCAUAAAGGGUUAUACGGCUGCUAUGUCUUCCAUGAUGUGGAUAUGUUGCCAGAGGACGACAGAAACAUGUACAGUUGUCCGGAAUUUCCCAGACACCUUUCAGUGGCCGUCAAUGAAUUUAAAUAUCAAUUACCUUACCACAAAUUGGUGGGCGGAGUGUUCAACAUAAGACCGGAUCAUUAUUUACUCGUCAACGGGUACUCAAAUCUAUUUUGGGGUUGGGGUGGUGAAGACGACGAUAUGGGAUAUAGGUUGGAACAGGUCGGGUUGCCGAUCACCCGGCCGCCCGAGCGAUUGGCUCGAUACACGAUGGUCAAGCACGUCAAACGUAAACCGCUCGCUCACGCCGUCCGGCUCAAGUUGGUGCACACCAGCCAAAAACGUUACAGGGCCGACGGGCUGAACACGCUCAAGUACGAAGUGUUCCGGGUGGACACCGAGAAGCUGUACACCCGGAUACUGGUCGGAGUCGGCGACAUGCCCGACUACGUCCGAUCGUUCGAAGUCUCCCGGCGAUCCACCGCGUCACAGAACAAGAGGUGGAAAUGAUCGCGCUGCAUAAUGAUUGCACUAUCAAUAAUAAUAUAAUAUAAUAUAUGCUGCAGUAUGUAUAAUGUUUGUUAAUUGGAUCGCCAGUAAUCCUAGUUCGUGAUGCAGUGCGACUAUUUUAUUGAAGUUUAUUUUUUUAAAUGACGUACCUAUAUUAUCUCGGUAAAAUACAAGGAGGCAGCUAUUAGUCGUAUAUAAAAUUGCAUAAAAAAAAAAAAAUUAAUUGCACUCAAAACAUAUUUGCACUACACACAUCUUGCAGAAUUGGGGUUACUGACUCCAUUUAAUUAACACACUUUAUAUGACCUAUAUUAUAUAUGUCCUUAUUAUAUGUGCUAUUGUGCUAUAUAUAUUUUAUAUUCUUGUAAUACUGUUAUAGUGUAUACCAUGCCGUACAAUUAUAUUAUACAUUAUAUAGUUUGCAAGUCCGUAACUGGGUGUGGGGUUCAGGUCCAGAAUUUUUUCUAUACGUGGAAACAUUUGUCAGUAAAUAUUGGCUAAUAUUGUAUCAAGAAUAAAUUUAUAAUUUUGUUAAAAUAUUUAAAAAAAUAAUGUCGACCCCAACCUAUUUGUUUUCAGUUUCGGUCUUGUUUACAUGUAUAUGUAUUGAUAUGAUAUAUCGUUGAGUAUUUUGAUACUAGAUAGUUAUUAAUGUUAUUAUACAAUAUAGCAGGCCCUAUGUUAAAGAUUUUUCAUUUUUGUCCAAAGUAUAAUAGGAUAUAUGUUAAUGACUGAAACUCUGAUGAGGGGGUAGUAGAGUCAGUAGAUGUAAUUUUAAGAUCACCGAGCGUUUAUUAAUUUGAUAUUUUAUGAUCUAAUAUCACUGUUAUAUCAUAUAUAGGAUACGAUUACAAGAAUGUUAGAAUUAAAAAGCUCAAAGUUAUCUUCGCCCCCUCGGUCAUGAAAUGUCCAAACAUUCUGCUAUAUUGCAUAACUAUUGAAUUCGCAUCAUUUUUAAUUCGUAUUAUUAUAGUGGCGCAGUGUUAUGAAUUGAAAGACUACUUACAUGUGAUUAUUAUAUCCCGAUUUAUUACAAAAUAAUUGGUAGUCAAAUCGCGGACUACACUUAUUGUAUUCAUACUUCCACUUUGAUUUCUACUGUUUGUUAGAAUAAGGCCUGUUACAUAUUAUAUAUUAUAGUCGUAUAAUUAUACUAUUACUGUCUAUACUCAAUAUUAUACUUGGUAUAUUGUAGGUGAGUAGUAUACCUAUAAUUACUACCAUACUUAUCUAGCUAUCUCAAAAUACACAGUGUUAUGCUAUUUAAGUGUGUACCCAUGGAAUGUAAUGUUAUAUGUAUAUACUUAAACACUAUACAUAUAUUUAUUGUUUAUUUUUGUAUAUGGUUUUUGUACCUAUUGAGACUCGUAUAUAAAUAUAUUAUAUAAAAAAAAUGUAUAUACCUAUCAUCCGUAAUCUAUAUAAUAUUAUAUAAUAUAUAUUAUGUCAUAGGCCAUUUAAAAAAUUUUUCAGCCAUUGCGACAUUUGGAAUUAUAUUUUGUUCUCCGUCUGUUAUAUCGCCAUAUCGAUUGAAUUUUAGGCCUAUUAUUGCAACGACGUUUUGGAAAUAGUUUUUAAUGCCUAUUUUUUUAACAGAAAUUAUUAAUAAAUGUGUCAUUGUUAAACAAUAUUAUUUAAGCUAACAGCAUACCUAGUUAUUAUCAAUUUGAAUAAAAAAAGAAAAAUCUUGUUAUUAUUUUUAAAUAGUAUUAUACGUGUCACGUACGUACUGUAGUUAUUAAAUCACUACUUUUUUGUUUAUUUGAAUAUGUUGCUUUUGUAUCGUAGGGAGGUUAGUAAUAAUUGUAAUUCCUAUAACGGACUGCUCCAUUGCAAUAAGUGGUCUAGAAUUUUUACGUCUUUUCCAGAUGAUAUGCGAUGUAUAUAUUAUUAUAAUACGCCUGUCGCCUACUAUACAUUAUUAUUAUAUAUGGUUGAAUAAAUCGUCCUCCUAUUAUUAUUAUUAUUAUUAUUAUUAACUAUUAUAGUUUGUAAACCAUUGUUGAAUUAGCAUAUAAACAGAAUAUGUUUUUUUGAAAUUAUGUUAUUUUUAAUAUAUUAUACCAUGUUCUUAAAA